AUGGUUCACGUCAGGAUCCCGGCGUUUCUGCUCGGAGCAAUUGUAACAGUUUGGUUCAUCAACGAGCAAGUUUUAGGGCUGGAGAAUGGAUUGGCACGCCGACCACCGAUGGGAUGGAUGAGCUGGGAACGUUUCCGGUGCAUUACGGACUGCAAGAAGUACCCGGACGAGUGCAUCAGUGAGAAGUUGUUCAAAAGGAUGGCCGAUCUGAUGGUGUCGGAAGGAUACCGUGAUGCUGGCUACGAGUAUGUCAACAUCGACGACUGCUGGAUGGCCGAUGAACGCGACAAGGAUGGCGUUCUGCAACCGAACAAGGAGAGAUUUCCAAACGGAAUCAAACACCUAGCGGAUUAUAUCCACGAGCGAGGCCUUAAGUUUGGAAUCUAUCAAGACAUUGGCACGAAAACGUGUGCCGGCUAUCCGGGCAUGAUGGACUAUUUCAAGCUGGACGCACAAACGUUUGCCGACUGGCACGUGGACUUUAUCAAAAUCGAUGGCUGUUACGCGGACGUUGAGCUGAUGGUGGAUGAUUACAUUAAGUUUGGUGAAUAUAUGAAUCGGACUGGGCGACCGAUACUGUACUCUUGCUCGUGGCCGGCUUACCAGGAGUACGAUGGCAUCAUCCCCGAUUAUGAGCAGCUAAAGAAGACCUGUAACAUGUGGCGUAACUGGGGCGAUAUCGAGGACUCGCAUGAGUCGGUGGUCGAGAUAACGAAAUACUUUGCUGACAAUCAGGAUAGAAUCGUACCACACCAUGGACCGGGUCACUGGAAUGAUCCCGACACGUUGGUUCUAGGAAACUACGGACUAAGCUACGACCAGAGUAAAUCCCAGCUGGCCGUUUGGACGAUUCUAGCAGCACCCGUGCUUAUCUCCAACGAUCUGGCGAAGGUCACGCCGGAGAUCAAGGAGCUCCUGCUUAACCGGGCCAUCAUAAAGGUGAACCAGGACCCACUCGGCAUUCAGGGGAGACUUGUGAAGACGUUCAACAAAAUGGAGAUCUGGAAACGGCCAGUACUGCCAAGGGUGGGCCACGAGUUGACGCAAGCCGUUGCCUUUGUUAGCCGCCGUGCAGAUGGGGCCCCGUACUCGGUGACGGUGCACCUUCAGGAGGACGUCGGGCUCAGCAACAACACCAUCAUCAAGGGCUACAAAGUUUACGAUCUCUUCAACCCGGACGCCAAACCGAUGCUGCUGAGGGCCAACGCAAACUUUGAAACACGCGUCAACCCGUCCGGGGCCAACUUCUUCCGCUUCGUGCCUCAGUAUGGAACGGAUUUUAUCCGCUUCUAA